UGAAAGCACGGAGCUUCUCUUCUUUUUGCCUGAUCUAACCAUUUCAACUCCCUCGUGGGAAUCUCUGAGCUCUGAUAGAUCAUAGUCUCUGCUUCUCUGUUUCUCUCCACAAGAUAUAACCAUCGGAAACAAUGGCGUCGUCGACGGCUAGGAUUACGUUUCGCGUUGUCAUGGUGGUGAUCCUCCUCCUCGUCGUUUUCUAUGUCGGUCGUCCUCUGUACUGGAAGAUUUCCGCAACUGUACAUGAUAUUCGCCAGAACAAACAGACCGUCAAAGAAGGUCUCUCUCAGAUCGUUCUGGAAGCUCAGAAAUCGGUGGGAUGGUACCACGACGAAUCGGACUCUGGCGUCCGUGAAGGAAAUGAUGGAAAGAAUUCCGGAUCGGGUGCUAUUCGGAGGCUGCUUCAUCAGAUGGAUUGAAAAGUCCUGCUGGGUUCCUGGAGUUCGCUGAAUUCAUCACAUCAGAACUAUUUACAAUGAGCCAAAUAUAAUGCUGAAGGAUGAGAAGAACAAUGGCUGAACCAACAACCACCACCUAUCAAGUUAGGCUUUUUUUUGGGGGGAAUAAUGUGCAACUUUUCUAAUAUAAUAUAUAGGUUAAAAAUUGUACUUUCAAUCAAACUUAGUUUUUAUUGAAAAAAAAAACAA